ACUCGAAAGCAAGCGGCCACGACUACGCGCAAGCGCACGAAUUGAUUAUUUAACAGUACGGCGGUGGUUAAACCCAUAUUAUUAUUUGUUUUUUUUUUUUUUCUAAAGUGAGCCAAGUUAAAUAAAAGCAAAAGUGAAAUAAGGAAAGAAGUGGCCAAAACUACAUCUUUCUCUGUAGCCUUCAUUAGCUUCAGGCCAACUGUCAACGCUACCGUCAUCAUCAUCAACAUCGUCAGCAUUGUCAUCAGACAAAUGUCAAAAUGUUUCGUUUGUUGCUGCCAGCAACAAAAUGCAAGCAACAACAAAUUGCUAUACUAAUUAUAUCAUUUUUUCUCUACGUGAAUGGCAUACGUAAUGAGGGUAACAAUAUGUUGCAACAACAGCCACUACUGCAUACGCCAAUUGAAAAUUCCAAUUAUCACAGUCCCUCUUCAACAAAUUCCAUUUUCCAGCCAUCACCUUUAAUAGAAUUUACACUAGCCGAUGUUACCCAGUCGCAUGGUUUUAAGCCAUUACUGGAAGACAAAUACCUGACCAGUAUACCACCAACACCCAUUUCGCAGGACUAUAUGGCGGCAACCUCUAGUCCAAGCAGCUACAUUGCUAAAACUGAUAGCCUUAACGAUAAUCGACGCUAUUCCACAUCAUUUACAAAUGGCGAGCAGCAAUUCUCAUUUCCUAAUGAGCAACAACAUCAACAAGGAUUUCUUUCACAACAGCAACUGCUGCAACAACAGCAGCAGCAAGACCAACACUUUGCACAACAACUAACAGAAAUGCCAAUUUAUAUCUACAAGGAUCCAUAUACAAACGAGAAUUAUCAUUAUACACCAACCAAGGCGACCAGUCAACAUAAGGAUGUAGCCUCGCCUGCAACAUACACCCAUAACAAUUACAAUGGCUAUGGUGGCUAUCAACAGCAGCAACAACAACAACAACAACAAUUUCAACCCACAGUGUCCACCACGCUACAGCAUAAUCAGGAAUAUUUGGUGCAUUCAAGCAUGUUGGUGGGCAAUCACGCAUAUGAGCCCUCUCGCAAGGAUGUCUAUCAGAAACGGCCUGGUCAAGUAUACGAUGAAUCGUACAGUUCUCAUCCCAAUGCAGUAGUGGAAAAGAAAUCGGAGGUUGGAAUGGGUAAGAAACCCAAUAAAAUAUCCUACGAUUCGCAUGAUUACCCGCCGCCAAGUUAUCAUCAGCAGCAUACCUCGAAUUUUCUGCCCACCCCAGUUCCAAGUGCAGCGCCAUCACCAAGGCCCACUCCUCCGCCAGUAAGAGCAACACAAAUGUCUCAAAUUUACUAUACAACACCAAGACCACCCCAACUAGCAGUAUUUUAUGAUACACCAAGUGCACCGCAAGUUAGACCACCUCCCUCUUAUGCAACACCACGACCUCCGCCAAGUCAAGACUAUAAUAAGCCUCGACCGCCUUCAUUCGUUGUUCGAGAACAGCCAUAUUUGCAAUCAUCGCAAAAUGUCUUGCCUAAUUAUGCAAACAAUUUGGAUAAUUAUUUACCCAACAAACAGCAAACAGAGUAUUACCGGCCGCCAGAAUAUCCCUCGCAACAGUAUGACAGCAACUCUCCACCUCCUGGUGCUCCUUUCCGACAACAAUAUCAGCAAACAUCCUUUCCACCAUUUGGUCAACAAUCUUCCCCGCCUCCUUUUCAAUCGCCAGCAUCAUCAAGACCAUCUUACAAUAACUACUAUGACUAUCAAAUUGGCGAAAUCCCACCCCAAACACAAGGAGCUUUCAAUUACCCCUAUACCAGACCACCGCCACAGUACAAUGGUCCCUAUAGACCUCCGUACGCGCCAUCGCCCACAACACCGCAGCCUAGUGGACUGGCUACUUUAGUUCAAUACGCCCCACAAUUCACUUCAUUGCUUUUAGGUGGUGGUGGAUCUUCGAACACUAAUAGUCCAUUAGGUAGCUUGUUAGGGGCACUUGCUGGUGCUAACACGCCACAGUCAUCCUCAUCGUCGUCUACGUCUUCAUAUAAUCGAAGACCCAUCAACUCACAGCUCAUUAGGGCAUUGGAGAAUAUCGCACGCAAUGACGAUUUGCAAUGUGUGCCAAAAGUUUUAUGCCAAAUGAUUGCUGGUCAAACACAACGCGGUCAGCUGCCUAGUUUUAUAACAUCGCCCACCAUAACCAAUUUUCUGGCUGGUUUCCCAGCCUCUUCACCGGCUUUGAUAUAUGGACGUGCCGCUUUAUUGGGUAUUAGUGGAGGUGAAAGAAGUUGUCACAGCACCUAUGUAAAGUGCCCUAAAAAUGAGAUUGAAAUCAUUAAUUAUCUCAACAAUCAUCGUGGAGGCUUUUUCAAAUUUUUUAGUGAACCCGACGACCAAUCGUUGACCCAACAAAAUGUAAAUCAAGAUUCAUUUCAGUCAGGAGCCAGUUCCUUCCUAAGUAUUUUGUCUGCUCUCACGGGUACUGCACAAGAACUGGUCACAACUCCACGACCCAGACCAAAGCCGCAACCACAGCCAGCUUCCUCGGACAUUACCGAAACCAUAGGCAACUUCUUUACCAAUCUGCUAUCCGACUAUAUGGGUGAAGGAGCCACCGUGGAAUAUCAAAGAAGGAGACUCAAAAGAAGCACCAAGGAAAAGAUAAUACGUUUUGAGUCCAAAAGCAAAGAAGAUGAUGAACAUUAUAAUUUUAGCCAACAGGCACAAGAUUACAAUGAUGACGAAGAUACUGAGGAUACACAAAAAACCGUAGAUUUCGUUUAUGAACCUGAUUACCAGAAUGAUGAUGAUACUGUCGGCACCAUAUCCACCGAAGCGAGAGUGUUGCAUCCAAGCUCACCCAAGAGAAAUCAUUUAAAAUUCUUUCCCGAAGAUGGAAACGUGCAUGAAAACAAUGAGAAGUCCAAGGAUGACAUCACAACCUUGAUUGAAGAAUUCAAUGAAUUAAAUAAAGGAAGAAAAUUAAAGUUUCCCUCCACAGAAGCGGAAAGGCAAUACAUUGAUGUAGCCCAAGAGUAUGUAAGAGACUCCAAACACUUGAAGGAAAAUGAUGACACUCAAAAAUAUAACUAUGGCCAUCACUUUACAAAUUAUGAGCAGGAAAGUUAUGACCAAAAUGAACAAGAUUCAAAGAAAAUAAAAUUCUACAAUGAGCCCGAAGAGGAAAAACUCCCUUUUAGAUCGGAAUAUAGCAAAGAAAUUCAUGAUCUUAAAGUCGCUGAAUCAAAUCAUGAUAGUAAGAAAAUAAAAUUUCCCGAACGUGAAGGGAAAAUUCUAAAUAGACCCUAUUAUGCAGCUUCUUACACCUACAAUCAGCAACAGCAAAUACCUUAUGAGGAAAAUGAGGACAAAUUUGUGGUGCCAAAUCAUCAGAGGCCACAGUUAAGAGAACAGGAAUACAGUAAUAGUAAUGAGAUAGGACCAUUGGAUUAUAAUCGUUAUAAGCCACCUGAAAGACCUGAAAACUAUUAUGAGCACAAUCGUCCCAGUGUCUAUAAUACCCAAAUAAGUUCCUCGAAUUCCGUAAACAAUUAUUUAUCAAAUACCGCGAUUAAUCACAAUCACUACACUUCCCCUUGGCCACAGACCGAUAGUAGUGACAGCAGUUCCAAUAAAGGAAGUGUAAAUUAUUUUUUGCCUACCCCAGCUCCCGAUAAUAAUGACCUAGAUAAAGAAUACAAUAAUGCCAUAUAUCCUAACAAUAAUUUCCAAGCUGGCAAUGGAAAUUAUAAACCCUACAACAGCUAUGAAACAAAUUCCAAUCGUUAUACCAGUUCAUCCAGCAGCAUUACAUACCAAAGCCAAACUUAUAAUGGAAAUAGAAGGCCCUAUGAUGGCAGUAGCGCUAAUUAUGCCUCCAACAAAUACCCUUCAAGCUCCUAUCCCGCAAAUAAUGAUCGUUAUCAUUCCUCUCAUUACAUCAAUAGAUAUACAACAACCACCACCACAACACCAAAGCCUAGAAACGACAACAUCUAUGUAACAAAUUCUCGAGGAGAAACGGAAUAUUAUAUCCGCCCAGAUGGUAGAAAAAUUUAUUUGUAA